AUGGUGUCGAUGAAGAAGAAGUCUCCCCGCAAGGCCGGGUCCAACCAGGACUCGAGCGACGUCUCGCCUCAGCCGCGCUUGGCUUCAGGUACCCUCCCUCCUCAUGCGGCCCAUGCCCCCGAGUUUGUGCCAGGUGAGGCACCUCAGCCAUCCAUCUCGGACCAGCAAAUUGACAACCAGCCAGGUGAACAGAAGACGUCCGAGGCCAGCUCAGACAAGGAGACGGCCCCUCGAAAGAAGACCAAGAAGGUCAAGGAGCCCACGAAGGCGGAGGAGGAGGCCCAGGAGAAGGCUCAGAAGGAGCAAGCGAUGGAGGAAGAGUGGUGGUCUGGUGACGAAAUUUUCGUUCCCAAUCUGAAGCAGAAGGAUGAUCUUUGGAACAAUGGACAGAUCUGA